AUGAGUCUCCAACAACCGGACAUGUAUUACGACAACCCCCCUGCAAGUCGCUCCCCUCACGCGCAGCGCCACCAGCCUCAACUGCAUCGUCAGUCGUCGCGCCAAUUUGACUCGUACGCUCAUCUGCCCUCGGGUCUCUACGGCGCCGAGGACCAGCAGCAGCAACGUUUUGAUGCUCCUCGCUACAACGACAGGAUGGGCGCACCUCCCAACAUGCACCAAAACAUGAAUCAGAAUAUGAACCAGAGCAUGAACCAAAACUAUGGUGGAUACGACAUGGGUUCGCAAAACUGGAACAGCGCUGCCUUUGGAAGUAACACCAUUGGCGCCUUGGGUGCUUCCCAGCGCAGACGCGCACCGCAGCAGGCUCCCAGAAAUGGUCUCCCUUCGGCCUGGCUCGACCAGCCCCAACCUAUGCCUCAAGUCUCCCCCUACCUUGGACUCGGUGGAGGUGUCCUCGGUGCACCAUCAAUUAGAUCGGACCAGCUCGGCUCUGAGCCCGAUGAGGAGCUCAUCCCUACCGCUAUUGUCAUCAAGAACAUUCCGUUCGCUGUCAAGAAGGAGCAGCUGGUCCAGUUGAUGACUGACAUGGGUCUUCCUCUUCCCUACGCCUUCAACUACCACUUCGACAAUGGUGUGUUCCGCGGAUUGGCUUUUGCCAACUUCACUUCGCCCGAUGAGACCGCUGCUGUUAUUGAUGCUAUGAACCACUUUGAACUCCAGGGCAGAAAAUUGAGAGUCGAGUACAAGAAGAUGCUUCCUGCAGCCGAGCGCGAGAGAAUUGAAAGAGAGAAGCGCGAGCGUCGCGGACAGCUUGAGGAGCAGCAUCGUCCCAUGGCAACUCAGACUCUGCAGACCCAGACUUCCAUGUCCUCGCUGACAGGCCACAUGCCUCCCGCCUCUCCUUCGCCCGUUUCGGCUGGUAACGUGGGACUUGCUGUCGAUCUCAACAAUCCCGACACCCUCAAGGUCUACUCGGAUUUGCUAAUUUUCAAGGAGGACAAGAGCAGAGAUCUCUUCAUCUUCCCCUCCAACUUGAGCCCUCCUCAGAGACGUGUCAUCCACACCAUUUCUCACCACAUGGGUCUUGCUCACAUCUCCAAGGGACAGGCUGACCAGCGUGCUGUUCACGUCUAUAAAGAAGCUCCCCGUCAGAGACUCAGCCCUCCAAUGCCUCAGAUCCAGGCUAUCCAGCAGGGCGAGACCCAGAGAAGAAGCCUCAACCGCGCCGCAACGACUGACUUUACCGAUGUCCGCAACCAGGAUGCUUUCUACAACCCCACUGGUAUUCGUCACCAGCAGUCUGGCUAUCUUUCCGGCUUCCAGGACACUCCCAACACUCUUGCCGCAGGUCCUAAUCUCCGCGCCGCCAAGUCUUUUGCUGACUUGCGCUCUUACACUCCUUCUCCUGUGCCUUCCACCGCAAGUUUCCCUGCCACCCUUGGCAACAACGUCUCUCGCUUCGCCGAAUACGCUCGCGAGAACGGCGGUACUCCUGCCAUCACUCCCACCGGCACCGCUGCACCUAUUGGCACCCGCGGAGACGAGAGCAUGCUCGUCAACGGGCUCGGCAACAUGAACAUUGGUGACCCCGCCGGCUUUGCCAGCAGCCCUCGUGGUCUGCGUGGUAUGAUGUCCUGGGAUCGCGAAUCUAACCCUGGACCUAUCGGUGGCCACCGCUCCUUCAGCACCAACAACACCGGCUAUGAUGAGCAGCCUCGUGAUCGCAACCAAGGCGUGCCUUCUCGCCAGCCUCGUGGUCCCAUGCCCGAGCGCGGCUCUGGCUUCCCUCGUCGCAAUGGUCACAUGGCUCGCGGCAGUGAUGAACUGUCGCAACAGUCCGGUGUCGAGAUCACUGUCGAGUAG